AUGACAAGAAACGCCACCCAUACCUGCACUUUUUCCGAUUCCUUAAAGACCCAAGCAGACCUCCCAAAUCCACCACCACAGUUAACAUCACAGCGCAAACCACCUGCCAUGAUAAACAUCUCUAUAUUGAAUUUGCCACAGAUUGAAGAGGAAAAAUGUCAAGUCCAGAUGCCAGAAAUGGAGCACAAUUAUUCUGCUUCAACCGCAACCAAGAUAUGUCAGCAUGAUACUGCAGAUAUCAACUCGAAAGUAUUGACAGAUAAAAUUGUACAGCUACACACUGAAUUGAUCUCAGCACAUCAAAAGCCAGAAUAUAAUCUUUCUGCUGGGCAAAUUGUGCAGGCUGCUGUGGAUAUUGGGUUUAGGUGGACUGUGAAUGAGAAGGCAAUGGCUCUUGGGAUAUACUUCAGGAGUAGGAAAGCUUAUCAGACAUUGUGUGCGUUAUUUACGAUGCCAUCUGCUAGCACUCUCAACAGGUAUGUUAGAGGUAUUCCAAGUAUACCAGGAGUUUCCAGUCGUAUCUAG